AUGGGAAACACAUUAAAAAUAUCACCGUGUUGUCAAUAUCCCAAUUCUAGGUUAAGAGUAUCACUUAUAUUCCACGACGGAACCACCAGGAUCAUCACCGGAAAACACUUAGCCGGAGAAAUCAUGUUUGAGUUUCCCGACAUGAUGGUUUGUCCAUCCAACUCAUUCUACAUCGGCUGCCCUGUUCCCAUCCUCUCCAUAGACGAUCAACUCAUCGCCGGCCUCACAUACCUCGUCCUUCCCAUCGACUGCUUCUCCUCCUCCGCCGCCGCCAAUCUCUCCGCUUCUUCCAUCGCUUCCCUCGCCUCCAGCCCUAAGAAGACUCCGAUCAACUUUAACGACAAGCCCUUCGAGUAUCUCAAGGGAUCUAACGGUAGGGUUUUGAUCAAGGUCUCGCCGGAAUUUCUCACUCGGGUAUUGGUUAGUGCCCGCCGGAAUGAUCAUGACCAUCGAGAUCGAGAUCAAGAUCAAGAUCUUCAUGGGCUUUGUAGCACGCCGGAAUUGAAGAAACAUUAUGAGCAGCUUGUCGGGAAUGGGAAAGAGAGGAAUGUUUGGUCGCCGAAGCUUGAAACAAUAUCUGAAUACAACAACCAUAAUAUUGUUAGGUUUUCUCCUUCCCGGUUAUUAGGGCUCUUGGAAAGGAAGAAACAAAGAGAACCGUCAUCAUAA